CACCAUGACAGACGCUCCCAAUCCUCUUCCACCUGUAAAGAAGCAACUCAUCGUCUUCGACUUUGACUGGUCGCUAGCCGACCAAGACUCUGAUCGAUGGGUUCACGAAGCUCUUUGCCCUCGUCUACGUAGGAAGAUGAAGGAGCUCAAGCCGACGAUGCAGUUCACAGACCUUUGCGCCAUGCUGCUCCGCGAGCUCCACGAUGUAGAGGGCAAGACAGAAGAGGAGAUCAAGGCUGCCAUGCGCCUCAUGCCCUUCCACCCUGGCAUGAAGCGAGGAGUGCAGAACCUCAAGGCUGCUGCUUCUCCAGAGACCACCUUCUUCCUCCUCUCCAACUCCAACACCGUCUACAUCGACACAAUUCUCGAACAUCAGGGUCUGACCAACAUCUUCGAUGAAAUCGUGACCAAUCCUGCCCACUUUGAGAAAGACGGCACACUCAAUGUCAGCAGGAGGGUCCCGGCCGAGGCGCAGGUACAGCAUACUUGCAAGGUCGGCUGCAGUGCCAACAUGUGCAAGGGUGAAGAGCUCGAUGCUUUCCUCUCCCGUCACGGCGGCUACGAGGCCUUUGACAGGAUCAUGUACGUCGGCGAUGGAGGCAACGACUUCUGCCCUGUUCUCAGGCUGAGGAAGGGCCAGGACGUUGCAUUUGUCAGGAGGUACAGAGGUCUGGAGAAGAGGAUCAAAGAGGAGGGCGGCGUCAAGUGCGGCAUCAGGUGGUGGGCCGGCGCGUGGGAGAUGGAGGGACUGCUGGACGAGGCGAGAGCAGCUUGAGCGAUGUAGACGUCCCAACAAUUGUGGUAUCGACUGAUUCACCUCAUUACAAUGGAUUCAUCAGAGAAGACCUUG